UAUGUUUUUCUGUCUUCUUUGUUCUGUAGAUGAUGAUGUUCACUGGUGGCCAGUUACAUAUAAUCUAAAAGAAAGGAAAGCAACUUAUACAAAAAAAAGAAGCAAAUGGGACAAUGUUAUAACAAGAAGUAGGAGAUCGAACCUAAACGGGUAUUCCAUAAACCCUAGCUAGCUAAUAGACUGCUUACCACAAUGAGCACAAGAGUGUGAAUAUACAAUGCUCACUGUAUGAUGAUCUUUCAUAGUCUAAACGAACGAAAGCUACGCAACAAUCACCAAGAAGAUACACAAUCGAUUUCAGAAAUCAGCUCAAAACCCUAAGAUUAACAAAGCUACUCUCGAUCCCCGAUCAAAUCAGCAUAAUCUAACAUAAAUCAAUCAAACGUCGAGUCCUUUGAUGAUGACGUAGUAACCCUGACGCUUCUCUUCGUCUAAGCCCUGGCUCUUCUUCUUCCUCUUCUCCGAUCUAUUAGCUAGCUGGUUUAACGGAUUUGAGGAAGUGAGAGCGGGAAAUCAAGUGAAUCUCGUCGCUGAGUUUGUCGUGUAGAUCCUCAACAACUGCUUUAAAUCUCUUGUGAAUACUAUUAGUGAAAUAUUAGAAUAUUCUCUUGUAUAUUUUUGAAUAUACCUAGUAUUCUGUUGUAAAGAUCUCGUAGAUCACGUCACUAGUCAGCCUUUAUAAGGCGGAAUUUUACCAACUUUCAGAUACCUCCAUUUAUCUCCCUCUCUCUCAGAGUUCUUCGUGUUCUUCCCACAAACCCUAGAACGGCGAUGUCUUUGUUUUGUCCAGUUUCAGUGGCCACUCUUCCUUUCCGUCCGGCUAGAUCUCCGGCCGCGAGUCUCCAAACUGGUGCCCAGAGAGUGACUUUUGGUCGUAGCCAUCAGUUCAGCCGCCUCAUUUCAUUCUCGAGCACUUCGGCGCUUACACCCUCCUCGAAUCUGGUUAGCCUCCUCGAAUCUGAGAUCGAAAGCUCCGUUAUUAACGAAGACGCUCCUGACAAUGACGAGUUGCCAGAAUGGUUUCCUUUCCAAAUGAUUGAUCGUCCAACUGAACGAGUUCUGCAUCUGACUAGGAAGUUUGGGGAUGAAACCAUUCUUGUCCUAAUUGACCGACCAAAGGUUCCUCAAGAUGAUGAAGAACUAGUAUUUGGGAUCCCCAUGGGUGUCUAUGUGUCGAAAGAUGAUGAUGGUCUCCGUCUCAAGUUUGGAGUCAAAGCUUUCGCCGAUGAGAUUGUCAUUGACAGUGUAGCUGUCCAACAACGCCCAGAAUCUAAGUGGUCCUACCAAGGACCUGACAUUGAUGACUUGGAUGAGAAUUUGCAGAAGGCUUUCAACAAGUUUUUGGAGAUCAGAGGGAUCAAUCCCACCAUCACUGACUUUUUGGCAGAUUAUUUGGCCAACAAAGACAAGAGAGAGCAUCUUCGAUGGCUCAAGGAUGUCAAGUCUUUUGUUGACAUCUGAAAACUCUCAAAUAAGAGUGAAACUUCUAAGUGAGUUUUAUGUUUUAUGAACUUGUUAUCACCAUUAUCAAUAAUUGUUGAUUUUGGUCAUAUUAUUCAGACUUUAUGUAAUAUCCGAAGCAUCAAACCAUUUCAUUUAGCAUCAUUUACGACCACCCACCGUUAAUGUAUCAGUUUGAUUUUGCUUAUUAUUCAUAGUUUAAGUAAGAUCCGAAGCACCAAAAUAUAUCUUGGGAGUAGGGACCGUAGGGUAGGGUAGGGUAGAGAUAAUACCGACUUACUAUUAUUAUUGAACAGAACAUUAGUUAUGUAUAAAAGUAGUGAAAAUGUACUUAUCUUUUUUUACUAGACUUUUUCUUAUUUUCCAUUUUCUUUGAACUGGAUCUCUAGUUCUGAAAAUGUGAUUCAACUCCAUAAGACAAACAAACUUCAAUAAAUAUUGUAGAAAUGCUACGUGGAAUACAAAGGAAUACAACAGAAACAUCAUACUCUCUCUGUUUUUAAAAGAUGCAUAUUCUACACUUUUCACAUAUAUUAAGAAAACUCAUUAAAUAUGCAUUGUUUUUUGUGAAUAACAUUUUUCCAUAACUUUAAGCCAAUAAAAAUUUAA